AUGGUUGGAAGCACAAAUGUUAAAUUAUAUGAAGAUUGGAGUCAAAUUACACAAGAAAUGGAGGACUGCAUAUUAGAAGAAAUUCCUUGGAUAGAAGAAGAAAAAGCAAAGAAAAAAGAAAAUGAACACAUGUUAGAGAAGGCUUCUAUGGCUCAAACCAAGUUACAGUCUGAGUUGAUGGCAUUGAUGAUGAGUGGUGAUCCUGGUAUUUCAGCAUUCCCAGAGGCCGAUAACAUGUUAUCCUGGGUUGGUACGAUAAAUAGUGGAAAAAAUACUGUUUAUGAGGGACUGGUAUAUACUUUGUGUUUCCCAACAGUAUAUCCAUUCAAGCCCCCUCAAUUGAAAUUUGAGAUAGAUUGCUACCAUCCGAAUAUUGACCAGCUUGGAAACAUCUGUCUUGAUAUUCUUCGGCUGAGUAUAGAUAAAUGAUCAUUUGCAUAUGAUGUUCGAACUGUACUUUUGUCUAUUGAGAGCCUUUUGGGAGAGCCAAAUAAUGACUCUCCGUUGGAUAGUGAGGUAGCAUUACUAUGGAGUAAUCAAGAAGAGUUUAAAAAGAAUGUGCUUAAGCAUUAUGAAGAUGCUGGUGGUGUUAGAAGUAGAGCUUAA